AUGCCGCUCACGGCGCGGAGUUCGUACCGGAGGAGGAGAAAAAACCCGGAUGAGAAGGUCCCGGAGCGACCCGGGGAGUCUUCUGCUCAGGUGAUGGCGCCCACACGGAUGAAGCUGCGCGUCCGUCGCCGUGACAACACGGCUGCAGCUGCUACAGGUGACGAAGAGAGGACGAGAGAUAGCGGCGGCCACAGCAGCAGUCGGAGGAAAAAUGCCAGCAAAGCCACGACUGCUGCCGCUGCCGCCGCCGCUGCAUCUCCUCCCACCUCCUCCACCUCGGCGUCAGCACGGGCGGUGAUGGCGGCGGAUGAGGCGUCGCCCGACUCCAAGUGUCCGAUCUGCCUGGAUCGCUUCAACAACCUGGCGUACCUGGACCGCUGCCUGCACCGCUUCUGCUUUCCCUGCAUCCAGGAGUGGUCUCACAACAAGGCCGAGUGUCCGCUCUGCAAGCAGCCCUUCGCCUCCAUUCUGCACUCUGUCCGCGCCGAAGACGACUUCAAGGAGUACACGCUGCGGCCAGCGCCCGCCAAUAGCAGCGUCGCUGCCACCGUGGCAAUGGUGGCGGCGAUGGCGUCAGCAGCGAGGAGCGACCAUCAGAUGAGGCUGAUGCUGAGGAGGCACAGGGUGGCAGACGGAGGAGAGACGACCACGAGGAGGCGGCGGAGGGAGAGGGGGGGCAGAGGGGGAGGCAGGAGGGGGGAGGAGAGGGCGGGGGUGUGGGAGUGGUACCUCGACUCGCCUCCUCUUCCUCUCCCCCCCCUCCCUCUUCCUCAACGUCCCGUUGCCACCGAGGACAGCGAGGACGGAGACGAGCUGGAGGAGCAGAGGCUGAGGGGCGGAGCAGAUCUGGCGGAGCGUGGCGUCAUAUUCGAGGGUCUGACGGGCCUUGGGGGGGCAGUGGCUCCGGUGGCGCCUAACGACAGGGCGUCACGGCGGCUGAUGACCCGCUUGGCAGCGAGGCAGCGGCUUCAGCGAGAAGGUGGAACUGUGCGGCGGUUGCGGGAGAGAGAAACGGUGGCUUUCCGUCGCGCCCUCUACCGCUGUGGCAUUCGAGUUCGUGGUGUUGCCGGUAACCAGGGGCAACAGCAGCAGCGCGACAUCACAGCAGAGAGUUUUCGUCGGAACCCCGCCCACUUGAACAGACUCCGCCCCUGGCUGCGUCGGGAGCUCACGGUACUAUACGGAGCACACGGUUCACUCGUUGACAUUGUCCAGCGCAUCAUCAUGGCGCAGCUCGCUCGCCACGGCCUGGAGGACACGCCCACCAUAGAGGAAGAGCUGCGCCCCUUCCUGUUGGCCCGCACCGAACACUUCCUGCACGAGCUGGUCAGCUUCGCCCGCUCGCCACUCAGCCUGGACAACUAUGACCUGCAGGCAGCGUACGAGCCGCCAGCCGCCGCCAUGGAGCUGGACGGGAUGAGCAGCUCCUCGGACAGCAGCUCCGUCAUUGCGAUCUCGGAGGGCGAGGACGAGGAGCGGGCGGAGGAGGGGCGUGGGGACGGAGCCAACGACGAUGUCAUCCAAACUGGAAGCUGCCUAAGCCUGUCGGGCUGGGAUGACGAGACUCCGGGCCCCUCCUACUCCACCGCUGAACCCUCCUGUUCGCUGUCAUUUAGCCCCGCCCCUCAGGAGCCAACCAAUGAUGAAGGAGGAGAGAAGCGGGUGGAGGAGGAGGGGGAAGAGGAGUGUCUGAUCGUCGGCUACAAGAAGCCGAUCGCAGAGCGAACCCCUGAGUUGGUGCAGCUGUCGUCUGACACCGAGGAGGACGAGGAGAAGAAGAAGGAGGAGAUGCCUGAAAAACCUCCCCCCCUUCCCUCCACCGCUCUUCCCCCUUAUUUACCCACAGUCCCUCCCUCCACGUCUGGCGUCUACAGAGACGAGCAGGACGGUGAGAAGGACGGCGAGGUGGAGGCACGGCACUCACGUGCACGCACGUGGUCGGGAAGCAGCAGAAACUCGGUGUGCACGCUUAGCCCGGCGACACCUGGAGAAGGUGAGCGGCGACGGGAGCGAGUGAGCUGGAGAGACAGGAAGCAGCCCGGUGGCGAGGCGGCGAGAGAGAAGAGGAGGAGGAAGAGGAGGAGGAGAGGUCGGGAGAGGAAGAGCGGCACGCUGUACAACCCCAACCGCUCCAUUUAUCCCGCCAUGAUGCGCCGCCGCUCGCACUCCCCCUCGCCGUUCCGCUCCAGCGCUGAGUCCGGCUCGCCGCCCGACUCCAGCUGGGAGUACCGCUGCUCCCAGGUGUCCCCCCUCACCUCCUCCGUCUCCUCACCCUCCUGCUCUUCGUCUUCGUCGCCAUUCUGCUCCUCGCCGCCACCGUCAUCGCCACCGCCGCCGCAGACCCCGCCCUCGCUCUCCCCCAGCAGUAGCACUCACCACGGAGAGAAGCCCGGCGGGAAGAGAAAGUACAAGAGCCGGCACCUGGACAGCGAAGUCAAGGAUCCAACAUGGAGGCGGAGCGGCAGCCAUCACAGAGACAGGAGGAGGGAGAAGGAGAGGAAGAGGAGGAGGGGAAGGAAAAGGAGCAGCAGCAGGAGGUCCAGAGAAGACCGAAGUCCCAGCGUGGAGAUCAUCUACGAGGGCACCAUCACUUCGGAGGCAGCGCAACCUCGAGCCCACAAACGCCGCCGGAGACGCCACCGCGGGCCACAGUACGGCAGCUCUCCGGUCAUCAUCACCCUCGACAGCGACAGCAGCCACGAAGACGCCAACGUCAACAAAAACCACAUCAGCAGCAGCAGCAGCAGUCCACUCAGCAGCCAGCAGACCGUCGAUUUCUGCGACCUUCCUCCUCUGCCAUUGGUGCACUCAACCGGAGUGGGCGGGGCUUUGGACGCUGAAAUCGGCGAACUUCCCGUUGACAUCCUGGAUCGAGGAUCUGAUGGCUCGGAGAGCGAGUCCAAGGGUCCGAUUGCCAUCGAUAACAGCGACAACAGUGAUCGGGACGUGGAUGUGGAGAACGUGGAGGAGGGCAGGGCUCUGCUGGGAGGCGAGAAAGCAGCGUCGACAAACAAACAUGAUAAUCAGCCAACGGAAGAGCACAAUGACAUCAACAAACGAAAAGCCCCGCCCUCCGACUGCCACCUGCUCGCCACCAUCCUUGACGACCUGAAGGGGAUCUCGGCGCCAAAACAAAACCAUCCGUUGAACUCGGACUCACCCGACGCCCGGAGGAAGCGCUGCAGGGAGCCAUGCGAGGUCCGUCAGAACCAGGAUAUCUGUUCGGCUGAGGAGCAGAAUCGGGGCUUUGACCUGCCCAUGUCUUGCGCCUCCAUUCCCUCACCAUCUCCUCUGAAGCGCCCGACAGAGUGCCAGGUCCGAGAGGAGAGCCAGGACGUCCCCCCGCUGCUCAGACAGGCCAGUCCGGUCCGACCAUACAACCGAAACACUCCGCCGCCGCUCAAACACAAAGACGCUGGGAGUCCUCGCCGUUCCACCGACUCACCCGGUGAACUCCACCUUCAUCAUGCCUCCGAACCCGUCAUCCCUCCUGUUCUGCUCAGUCCGAAUCCCAUCGACUCCUGUUUGGCUGCAGAGCUGCCGAACGACAAACAAACCAUCCCGCCCAUUUCGACGCUGAAGAGACACUUCUCGAAUGCUUUGGCGUCGAGAGGUGAGCCGAACGCUCCCUCGAAACUCAUCCAUUCCAAACCUCCCAUCGACUCCCAUACUUCUUUUGGAACGAGCCCCUUAUCUCAUCCGGACUUCAGUUACUUCCAUCCUGCAAAGUUACAUUCCAGCCGCGGUGACACCGUGGAAACACCUUCGCCUGUUGACUUGCAUCCUGUGAAUUCUUCUGUUGAUUUCCAUUCAGCCAACACCGGCUGGUCCAAAGAGAAGCCGGCUCACACUGACUCUACCUCCGGAGGUGGCAGGAAUAAGACGGUGAGCCCGGCCGUAGACCCCCAUCCUCCGCCGGCAGGUUCUGGUGUUUUCUCAGGAGUCAACUCGAAAGACACGUCGCCUCCUGCUUUUGUUUCGUCCGUCGGUUCCAGGACUCCCUCCUCACCCGUCGACUCGCUCUGUUCCAGUAAAACAGAGAAUUCGUCAGAAAGGAUUUCACCAAAAGCAGCUUCCGUCGACCUUCAUGCUGGGAGUCCAAACUCUACGACUGACCCUUGUCGUUCCACUGCAGUUUCAGAAGGACUGAAGCCAUCGUCAGCGGUCGAUCACGAACAAAGUCGUUCUGAGCCGCCACCCGCUUGCUUGAAUUCUUCUUGUUUUGACGGACACUUGAACCACACGGCCUUACCCUCGUCUCCCGCCGAACACACCGCCAACUUCCACACAUCUCAGUCCACCGCCGACUCCAGACCUCAGAACCACUUUGACUCUCAGUUUCCGGUCAAACUCUCUAAGAGGGGCUUUCCGCUCCACACUGACAAUCACGUCGCAUCCGCUGAGAACCAGCACAACUCCUCUGUCGACGCCUGUUCGGACUCUCAGUCGCCCGAACGCUCAGAUGGCGGCGGCGGCAUCUGGAACACGUAGGACACGCUAACACAUCUGUAAAGAGAAAUUCAAAUGUUUCUGAGGACUUAAUGGAGGAAAUGUGAGGAAAUAAAUGUUGCUUUUUACUGGUUUUCUUUAUGAGCAGAAUUGAACUCAUUGAUGGCCAUUUCAUCACCACCGUCUGAUCAAAGUGUGUCUGCAAGGGACGGACGUAGUCGAAAUUUUCAAACAGGACUGGGACAGUGUGAUUCGAUUCUUUGGAUAUGGUUUUAAAAUAUUUAUGCUUUUUGUCAUUUCAAUGAGACGUUUUGUUCGCAGCAGGAAGCCACGAAGAGUUAAACGAUGAGAAGUUUGUAAAAAUGUUGAUUUUUACCGUCGCACUGAUGAUAGCGACUGGUCACUGAAGGUGCUCCCAGUCCGAGGAGACCGACACGACAGAAAAACCAACGUUAAAGGAUGAUCGAAACUGUAGCUGUAGUCUGAAAGAAAUUAUGUGAAUGAAGGGAUCAAGAUUUGUCUUGUGUAGAAACCAGAUUAACGAAUAAAAAGUCUGCUCACAUGACUCUGAAGACACGAUUAAAGAGUGACAUCCAGCUCCGCUCUCACCUGUCUGGUUGUAAAUGAAUGAACCUGUUCUGUACGAAACAACACCGAAUUAAAGUUUGGUCAGAAAGUGA